GGCGGCGGGGGCGGCGCCUGUGGCAGUGGCACAGGCGGUUCCGGCUGGGGCUGCUGCUGCGGUUGCGGCCUCCCUCUCUAGGCCUGCGUUGGCCUCCGCGGUUUCCGCGCCGGCCUGUUAUGUACAGAUGGCUGCUUAGUGUCCUCCACUCGGUUUUCCGGAGGCCGCGCGGCCGCCCCGAGCCCGCAGCCCGACCCCUGCUCAAGAGGAGGCUCUCGGACAGAACUCCAGCCACUGAUGAAAUACAAGCCAAAAGACCACGGUUAGAUUACUUGUUUCACCGGGUCAAGAAGAGCAUCUGGGAUAUCACCAACUUAUUUGGCACUCCGGUUCACCUCAGCCCGAGGUGCCCGGAGGCUAGUGGCUGCAAUGGCGCACACACUGGGAGUUCUCCCAGAGAGGUAUUGCCCAAACGUUCAUCUUCUAAAUUGACAAAAUCUGGACCCUCUAGAGAUGUGCUUACAUCGGGUAAUAAAACACGAAAUGGAGCAAGUAAACAUUCAAAUAAAGUGAGUCGAGAUCACCGACGCCACGUUAUGCCUUCCUUUAGUUUCCCUCGUAACCAGGAAGUUUCUAACAAAAGAAUGAGUGGCCGUCACUCUGCCAAGUCUCCCCCAGACAGUUCUGUAACCCGGAAACAGCCCGCUCAGGACCGGAAGUCUUCGGAGAGCCGCUCUACAGAAACCGGCCGGGCCACGAGGAGGCCGCGCUGCACUGUGGAAGAGGGUUUUCAGAGAGAGGAGAGAGAGAAGUAUCAGAGGCUGUUGCAGCGACUUAAAGAAGGAUGCCAUGGAAACUGUCUCACUCCUGUCACUGCAAACCACCACGGUUCUCAUCGAUGUCAUGUGGAAGGAGUAAGGAAUGGUGGCUGGGGGGAAGACCAACACCUCGGGAUGAGAGCAGGUCAGCUUGUUCCAAAGCAAUACAGAGUUACUGAAUCAUGGGGACCUGUUCGGGUUAUGAGAAAUGAGAAGAGGCAUUUUAAGGCAAAAACAGAAGAAAAGAAAAGUGAACAGAAAUUAGAAAAUGAAAGUGGGAAGGGGCAGUCGCAGACGUCGUCGGAGUCUGAUCUCUCAGAGGAAGUAUCAGCCAGACUUCGCUUGGGCAAUGGAAAUACGGCCAUGUUCAAGCGGAGACACUCUGGGCCCGAGAUGAAAGAACAGCAGGCUUCAGGCAAAGAGAAGGAAAAGAGCUCCGAGGAGUUUGCUGAGCUCACCGAGGAUAUGGAAAAAGAGAUUAAUAGUGCCCUAGGCUGUGGCCCCCAGGAUGAGAUCCUAAGCAGUGCUUUCAAAUUAAGAAUCACCAGAGGGGAUAUACAGACCUUGAAGAAUUAUCACUGGCUCAAUGAUGAGAUAAUUAAUUUUUACAUGAAUCUUCUGGUGGAAAGAAAUAAAAAGCAAGGCUUGCCAAGGCUUCAUGCCUUUAGCACCUUCUUUUAUCCCAAACUGAAUGCCGGUGGUUACCAGUCAGUGAGAAGGUGGACCAAAGGAGUGGACCUCUUUGAACAAGACAUUAUUUUGGUGCCCAUUCACCGCAGGGUGCACUGGAGCUUGGUGGUGAUAGAUGUAAGGAAGAAGGCUGUUCGGUACCUGGACUCCAUGGGGCAAAAGAGUCACCGGAUCUGUAACCUGAUGCUCCAAUAUCUACAAGAGGAAAGCAAGGCCAAAAGAAACAGAGAGUUAAUUCCUGCAGAGUGGAGUCUGGAGAGCGCCAAGCCCUACGAGAUUCCCCAGCAAUCCAACGGAAGUGAUUGUGGAAUGUUUACUUGUAAAUAUGCAGAUUAUCUCUCUCAGGACAAGCCCAUCACCUUCACACAGAAUCAGAUGCCUCAUUUCCGGAAGAGGAUGGUGUGGGAAAUCCUUCAUCAGCAGCUACUCUGAGAACACUCCCCUUGUUCCCUGCAGCUGCUUGGGACGCUCCCCAGAUGGUUCGAUUUACCUCAUGCCUCAUGAGUUAUUAAGUCCCAGCAUCACUUCAGCUGCUUUGCAGGUAGCAGGUCAAGGCCUGCGGGGAGGCAUCUGGAGCCUCAGCCUGGGGGUGCAGAAGACUGAGCGCCCUCUUGUAACUCUGUGCCCUCUUGCAGAAUCCUCUGCCGGGCAAUCCCUAUGAAAACAAACACUAAUUUAAUGUGUGGUUAAAGGACAUUUUUUUUUUCUUCAAGAAUGUAGGAAUUGCAGGGUUUACUCUGUGUGUAUGUGUCCGUGUACGUGUAUAUCUAUCUAUCUAUAUAGAGUGUGUGUGUGCGUGUGCGUGUGUAUAUUUGUGUUCAAAAACUGGGUGGUGGCCAAAUCUGCCCGCCCAAAUGAAACUCUAGAUUUACUUCUAUGAAUAUUUAUUUCUGAAAGGACUAUUCAUUGAGCCACUCCCUCCUGCUGGUUCUUGGGGUUAAUAACUAGGAGAGAAGGGAGGGGUGGAGGUUUUUAACUUAUACAUCAGUGGCUGCUACCUUGGAGCUAGAGGGAUCUCUCUUAAGGACGACUGAAAGAUUCAGACAGACAGACAGAUGUGCUUUGGUUCCAGCCCCCGGAGUUUAGGCGGCUGGGUGGGACAGCCCAGCGGCUGCUGGGCCAGCGGGCAGGUCGGCGGGUCCCUCCCGCUACAGCUGAGUGUGAUUGCAGCUGCUCCGCCUGUCCGUCCCAUCCCAUCCGGAACUCCUGCCUGCAUAGUCACUCACUUUCAGAACACUGACUUGCUUUUAUUAUGGAGACUUUGUUUUCCCUUUUCUGGAAAGGAAGAGACUUGGCUUAGCUCCUGUAACUGGAUUUGUAAUUACUGUGAACCCAAGAUUGUUACUGCUGUCUUUCAGCUGAUUGGGGUAAAGUCCCCACGUUAUAAGAGAUGACAAGAAUUGUUUAUUUCAAGAGAGACUAUCCAAGGUAAAGCUAUUUUUCUCAAAGUUUCUUUUUUCUAUAUAAAACUAAAAUUAAGUUUUUUGUACUUAUUUGGAUCUUUUUUUUUUUUUUUCCUGAGCUGAAAUCUGUGAAAGAGCCUGUUACCAGGCUGAGGUUGUUGCUGAAUAAUCUAUUUUCCAUACGAAAGUUUGUAUUUAACUUGUUUUUUUAAAUUUAAAAGCAUCCAGAUGUGCUGCUUCCGCUUUCUGAAGAUUUGAAGGAAUAUUUGUUGGUAUAAGGAAAGAUCAAAACCCAUUUUGCAGUAUCUAGUGCCUGGUAUGUGUCUUUCCCCGUGUAAUAAAAGGUUGCCUGGCCAAGAGCCCUGGUAAAUAUAUGCUGAAAUAGUUUUUUUUAUUUCCAGAACAGCUUGCUUUUUGGUGCCUAGAGAUAAGAGAGGUCCCUGUGUGAUCUGGGGUGACCCAGUGAGGAAUCAGUGGCUCCCGUGGGCCCCACACCGCCCGGGGCCCCUCUCCUCUGUGUCCUCCCGGGUAGGGGCGCGAGCACAGAGAGAGGCCCUGUGGCGGCGGCUGGGGGCCCACACACGUUCCAGUUGCCCGUGUUUUCUGGGUCUCCCAUUUCUCUGGGCACAGACUGGGUACCUUUCCCCAGUUUGGUUGUUCCUAAGUAUCAAAAUCCAGGUCUCGACCGCUCAGCCUUUUUAGCCCCACUCCAAGUACAAAUUGCUUUCUUCUAAAUAUAUUUUUAAACUCUAAAUUUUAUUGAUGCACCCCCCGCCCCAUCCCCAAAGUGCCUCUCAGUGCCUGCAUCUGAUAAUGUAUAUACCAUUCUGUACCCGUGCUCGCCCACCUCCAUAGAAGGCGGGCAGUGCAGCGCUUCCUUCAGAAUGGAACGCAGGGUUGAGCACAGACAGUUCUCAGCCGUGGACUUGGCGUUCCUUCACCCAUCUAUGUCGUGGCGUGUCCGUUGCUUUGUUUCUGCUUAUUUUGUGAUGUCUCGGUUCACAUUGAAUUGUUCAACCUCCACCAUUUCUCGUGACAGAAUAGUAUCCAUCUGUCGAACCAUUCCCUACCAAUCGGCACACAUUGUGUUUCUAGUGUUUUUGCUACCAAAAAAGUGUUGCUGUGAGACUUGUGGUCAGCCAUGGGCCUUUUUCCCCCCUGUUCUUGAUCCCUGGUCGGCAGGUAUGAGCAAUAUAGCGGAUGAGCUCGUGGGAAUUCCAGAUCGUUUCCCAGAAACAUUGGACUAGUUCACAGUGUGCCUGCCUCCUUAGAGCUCCCGCCAUCAUUUAUUACUGUAUUUUGUCAUCUUUCAUAAUUUAUUGGGUUGGAGAUGAACUUCAAGGAUCGUUUUGUUGUGUAUUUCUUUUAUUACUGAUUUGGUGUAGUUUUUCUUAAGAUUUGCCCAGCCCUGUGGGUUUUUAAAAAUUCUCUUUAAUCACCCCAAGUUUCUCACAAAGAUUGAUUGAUGCCCUUCUCACACGUGCAGUCAGCCUCCUUUGUAACAAAGGGUUUACUGAUAGAUAGCAUGUGUGCCAUUCCACACUCAUAGGCCCCCCCACUCUUUGGGGGGAGGCAGUUCUUGUUUCUGGAGUCAAGCUUGAUCAUUAUGUUUACACACUGUUCCAUUUGAUGUUCUUCCCAUUUACGUUGUUAGGAAUUCUGCUUACUUCAUCAUCGAUUCUUAGGAAGGUUUUUCUCGGAAUGCUUCUGUAUUUGCCUUUUCUUAUGCUGCGGUGACAGUCCAUUGCAUCGAUGCACCCCAGGUUGGCCAUCUCCUGACUGACGCCCACCCCCUUUAUUCCCCAUUCCCUGAUGUCACAGGAUGUGCUGCUAUGAGAUUUUCCCCUUUGUCUUUGACUUCCUUGGGGCGCAUUUGCACUUGCCUAACGAGAUCUCCAGGUCUAGGGUGUGUACAAUUUCACCCCCCUGUAGUUCUAGAUUAAGGUUCCAUUUAGGAGACAGGCUCUCGUUAGCUUCUGAUGGGGGACUGUUGGUAUACCUAGAAGGUCCCUUUCUCCUGUUCCUAGAGCCCCACCUCUCCUCCCUGCUUUCCUACCUCAUCCUUGUGACCUUCCCUUCUCCACUGUGCACUUUUCUACCCCUUCACCUCAGCCCUGUUCUUUCCUCUCUGUAGAGAGCCAGCCACUUCAGAGAUAGUCAUUGGUGGGGGACAUUAGAUGGUCAUUGAAGAGACUGGCAGUUGGGAUCUGGAGCUCAUUUUCCAGACAAAAAAGGAAAAAGGAGCCGACUUCGGUCGAAACAGUGGCCCUGGCCCCCAAAUCUAGCUUAGCCGGACUAGUCUGCAAGCAGCUUUUGGGAGCUCGUCCGGGAGCCUUGCCUUCCCCCCCUCAGAGCUCGUCCCCGUGGGCUUCAGUUGGCUGCCCAGCGAGCUCUUGGGGAACCAGCAAGCUGGAGUUUGGAAGCCCCCUCCUCCCCCUCCCAUUCUUCAUGUAAGACCUAUGAGGAAGGGGAUGGAGGACUGGGGCCCCUUUGAGCAACAAUGCUACUGUCACUGGGGUGUGCAGUGGGAGGAGAUGAAGACCCAUAUUCAAGAGUAAAUUUGAGAGACCAGAGAGGUACUUGGGAACUUGUAUUUUCAGGUCAUCUUCAUUUCCUUAAGUACCUUUCCCUUCAUUGCCCCCCAGCCUUCUGUAAAGCUGAGAGUAAAACAGGUGGGGGAUGGGGGGAAGCCCAGAAAAAUGUCUUCUACAAAGGAGGCUGGUGGGAGAAAUCACACUCUCCUUUUCCCUUUGUGAAGGUUUCCCACACCACUGACUUCCAGCAGCUGCUCUGCAGAACUAGCCUUAGUAGUCCCCUCAGUCUUAACCCCCAGCCCAUCUCAGACCCCCGGGAUCCCCAGGCUCCUCUGUAAAUGUUGGUCAUCAUGCCCACCUCCCAGGGUGGCUAGGAGGCUCUUGAGGCUCCUUUGUUCACAGACACGGAGGCCAUGUUGGCCUUGGGACAGUGUGGACAGGUGGAGGGAGUGGGCUCUGUCUGGAAAGGGUCAGGGCCUGCCCUCCAAUCUCUGCUUUGCUCCUUGCUCUUGCCAUAACCUUCCUCGGGCUCCUGGGUCCUCUGGUGUUUUAUGGAGGGAGUCUUCCUCAGUGACUUCAGCUCGGGGCCACAGUAAAUGGAGGCUGGACCGGGCUGGCGACUUGCAACUACCUCACAGGUUUCUCGGGAGGACUGAAUGAGCUGUGGGCCACACGUUUUGUUCACCUAAAAGCAUUGUUUUGGAGGAGCCACGUCUGAGGCCCCGGCUUUUCCAGGGGCUGCCCCCUCUGGCCUUUCUGCCCUUCCUGAACAGCCCCCCUUGAAUCCCUGGCCCAAGCUCCUUCCCAUGGCUGCCCCCAGCCUCAUCUUUGAUCUCCUGCCUGGACCCUUGCCCCUGGGCCUGUCCCCACCCUCUUCUAGCCACCUUUAAGCAGUCUUCAUUCAGGGCAAAGGCAGAGAUGCGGUCUGGCCUUUCCCAAGUCCUCUUCAGCCCAGGGAGGCCGGCCUCCAUCUCUGGCUGGAGUGCUGCUCCCUCUUCCCUUGCCCCUGCUGACCUCUGGCUUCCCUUGGUCCCCGCUAAAAUCUCCAGUCUCCCUUUCCACCAGAAGCCUUCCCCUAGUGCUCCUGAUCCCAGUGCCGGCUUAUCCCGGAUGACCGUGUUUGUCUGCACGUUGUCUCCCCCAUUAGAAUGUAAGCUUCGGUGGGGGGAGGAAGGGGGCAGGGACUGGCCGCUUUGUAUCCCUGGUGCUUGGCGAGGGCUCCCGCACUCAGUGGCUGCUGCUCUUCUCCAGCGAGUAGCUGUUGGUCAGGGUCAGGGCUCUGCUUUACUUCACCCAUCAGCUCUUUCUCCCCUAAAGCUUCCCCAACCGCCCUCAGUCUCCCCUUUGUCUUCUCAGGGAUUGUGAGCAUUCCCCUCCAAACUACUCUGCCCUCAUUUCCGGGGGCGGCUCUGUGCCUGCACUGGGGGCUCUCCUGGCCCAGGGGGGAUCCCCAGACCCUCGUAUCCAUCGGCAGCUGACCCGUCCUUGUCAGAAGUCGUUCCCAACUGUGCUUGUGGCUUCCCCUUCCUCUGCCGUUUCCCAACUUCUCUUUCCUCCCCUGAAACUUCCUCCCAGUCACCCAUUUCCUAAGGUAGGUUCUAGGACUCCCCACCCCAGACUUUCCUGCAGCGUUUGUUAUUCAACUUCUCUUCACUGCACAUCCUCAGCAACGUGGUGGAUUCGCACUGGCCUCCCCAUCCCCAGGACUUUCCAGCACCUCGCCCUGCCCACCGCCAGCCCUGGGCCUGGGCUCCAGACACUCUUACUCUGGUCUGAAUGUGCAAUAACAGGCUGGGGGGGCUGCUCCCGGCCCUGCCUCUCUUCUCAGCUUCCAAGCUGAAAACCCGUCAACCUUUGACCUUUUCUAUCCAACCAGGUGUGUAAUGCUGCAGGGCCCAGGCCCCCCCUCCACCUGAACUAUAUCUGAUAUCAGGGCCCCUCCCGCUGCCUUUGGGAUGCUCGUGAGCCCUUCAGUGCCUUCUCGGGGCUGCCUCUGCUCCCUCUUCCUCCCUUCUCUUUGGGCUGGGCUCCCCUUUACUGUCCCACUCACAAGCAGCUCUUCCUCUUUACCCCGCCUCUGCCCAGGGCCCCCAUCCCGCUUUGCUGGCUCUCUCCUUGUGACAUUGUUCCCCUCAUCC